AUGGAAUUAAUGGGAUGGAUGGAUCAAAUAACCAGUGGGUGGGAGUUUUAUCCACCGAAAAAAAGAGUUUUUGCUGACGAUCAGAUGUAUCAAAAGUGUUUAAUUGACUGGUUACAAAGUUUGAAAAAACAUGAGAAAAUGAUGGGGACAUUAGCCCUGAUAAUUGUUAUGGAUAGACUUCAAUGUAAAGCAGGGGAUGAACUUUUGAUGUGCAUUUCAGAAGGGUUGUGUUUUAACAUUUUUGAAACAGACAGACAAAGACGACUACAUCAACUUAUCACAACUAAUAUUCUGGAUGCACACACAUUGCCCGAGCAUCUAUCAGAAAAGAUAUUGAGGGUGCUACGAACCUGUUACCCCACAAAUCCAAGAUGGAUUUUAGCGCUUUCGCUAUGCCAUUUUGUGAAGCAUGAUGAACGAUCGUUAACAAUGAAAAAACUCGAUUUAUCAAGGGAGUCAGCAUUUUACUCUAAUCCUUUCAGUAAAAUAUUGAUGAAAGAAUUUUUGUCAGACUGGAAGGCAGUUCAAAAGGAUUGUAAUGCUGAAGGUUAUCAGAAAUACCUUGUGCAGCUCGCACCAGAAAUUUGGGAAAUCCAGACAAGUCAGCCUUGGAUUACAUAUCUAUACCAGAAUAUACUGACAACUGAUUCUGUUCUUGAGUUAUUGAGGAGCAAAGCUGUUAUUCUCACGAGUUUUCGGUUGGAUGAGCUUCUACGGAAGAUCGUGCAAUUUAUCGAUGACGAAUUUAGAGUAAAAAAAAAUACUUCAACAGUUAUUGAUCACGCAGAAGAGCUUUUCAAAGAAAUAUUCGAUUAUGCAAGGAGGAAUGAAUUCAACAGCAAUUUCUCUGGAGAUAAUACUGAAGACUGUGUCUGUUUCAUGAACUCGAUGCUUAAUACACUAUCUAUGUCACUAAAGAAACCGGAUAGCAACCAUACGAAAUAUAUUCUUUUCUGUUCGAAGAUUGUCAGCUUUAUUUCCUACUGGUCUGCUAUACUAACUUUGAAUAAAAAGUUUACUGAUGAUCAGACAAGUUCGUUGGUGUUUAAUAUACAAAGUUAUGUGGGUGAAAAAAUUAAAAGUUAUGAUCCUUGUCUCAAAGACAAUUUUCAGUUCUUUGACAAAUUGCUGAGUAUCAAAUGGCCUGAAAAAUAUAAGAAACAGUGGUUGGAAAUCAUUCAAAUUCAAAUCAGCAGAAACAUUAAUAAGAAAUGGAAGAAUGAUGACGAAAAGUAUUUCAAGUUUUUCACACAAACAAUUUUGAAAGCUCAUUUCUGUGAUGAACUUGAACACUGUUUUAUUGAGAAAGCAUUGAUCAGUGCGGCCAAAGUUUUGAGGGAAGAUGAGGAUUCUGAAUCAUUAUCGUUCUUUUGUGGACUCAGUGCUAAGAUCUUUGGUUCGCACAAGAACAAGGCAGUUGUAAAAUUUAUUGAAAAACUAAUCCUUGACGGGAUCGAAACUCAUGGCAUUAAUAAGAAAACAUCAACCAAGAAUAUCCUAAAAUUUGUUUGUGAAUGGCCGAUAUCUCUGAGCAUCUUCAGAAUAAUUUACAACAACAAUGCUCUUGAAUAUUUACCAAAAGCAAAACCUAUUAUAAAACUGAUUGAGCAAAGCUGUAAAGAAUUCUUGAACACUUUGGAGAGACGAAAUGUGCCAAUAGAUGAACUGAUCGUCAUACGAAACUACCAUUCAAAAAUAUGUCAAUUUUUUCAAACUAUGUUUUCAAGAACUUCAGGCACUACAACUGAAAGUUUGGAAACAGUUAUAGGAGAAAUGCAGGCAAAAUUUGAAAAGUUUGAGAAGGAACACGAAAACUACAAAACGUUUUGCAGCAUGUGCUCACGGAUAAAAGAUGCUACAGAGACAAGUGUCGACUACAGUAAAUUAAAAGAAGUAUACGAUAGAAGUGUUCGUUCUGAACGUCUAAAUGAUUUGUUUACAAUAGAAGAUGUAGAAGCUACCCCUAGCCAAUACUCUGGGCUGACCGCAGAUAUAAUGAAGCAAUUCGAGUUGAUUCAAACAAUCAAGAGAAGUCAAAUAUUCAUAAACUUGUGGGUAGAGGUUUCUAAAAAUCUAGAAGAAACAAAACAGCACCCCAGUAAGAUGGAUUGGAAAGAGGUACUUUCUGAUGUGUGGAUAGCGGUGAAACAUGAAAUAUGUUCAUUGGUGAACUCAAUUCAGAAAGAAACACUCAAACUUGAUAUGGCUGUUGAACGCUUUAUUUGGACUGAAGGGGAAUGGAAAACUAUACAUGAAGAACUGGGAAUUUUGUGCAAAUUCAGCAGAAAAUUCAAUGAUUCAGAUAUGAAAGGCAACGAUUUGGAUUCUGCGGUUACCUCAAUUUUUAAUGUCUUUGAAAUUAAGAAGAAUAGCAAAAGCUUAAAAUGGGUGUCAGACUUUAGAAAGGUACAAGAGCUACAAGGCGAUUUUGAACAUUUGAAUCAAAUUCUAAACACGGAAGAAAAUCAAGAUUUGACUUUGAGGGAUAUUGAUGAAACAACACUGGAAAAAUUCCCUAAGCGACUACGUGACAUGGCACCAUCUAAUCUAGCUGUUUUACAAGCUUUUAUUCAGCAAAGGGAACUCAUUCAAUGGCUUCAAUCCAAAAAAAUGACAGAUGUUACUGAAGUGAAGGUGAUGUGUAAUUUGGCCAUGUCAUAUGCUGGUGAAACGCCUGUUGAGACUGACAGAUUUCUGCAUCUACAUCAUGCAACAAAAGGCUUUGCCCCAUUGCUUUUUCAUUUGGAUGAUGUUAACUGUCUAGACAAGCUCCUUGAAAAAUGUGAAGAAGUAUGGGAAAAUGUUGACCAGGAUGAUAAGAUUUUGGAAAAAUGGAAAAAUAGCGGUGAAUACCUUCAAUGGUUUAAGGACAGAGAAAGUCUUGUUGGAUCUGAUCAAAAGCGUUCUCUAGCACUGGCUCAGAACAUAAAUGAAAGAGGAGUUUACACUAUUGGUAAUGUGCAAAAUGAACGAAUAGCACUGGGAAACUGUGUUUCAUUGACCAUUCAAGACAAACUGCCUCAGAAGUCUAGUCCUCAAAGAGAUAAAAAAUCAGAAAAAUAUGACCUGCAUGCUUUACAAGACUUGCAAUCCAAGUUGGCCCUUAUAGCAGGUGAAGAAGACCAAGGGCAGCAAGAUAUAGCUCAAUUUGUUGAACUUUUCACAGCAGUGAAAACUUUGGCAGAAGCAUUUGUUAACCUAACUAAUGCAGGAUGUAUGCUAUUCAAUGACUUUACGGCCAUGAUAACAUCCUCUCCAUGUGCUGACAUGAAUGACAGACAAAAUGAGCAUAACUUAACAGUCACAAUUCGUUUCAUGGAACAAAGUGCACCCCUUUGUGACACAGCAAGUUUGUAUAUUCUACAAGAAUUGUCAAAAACACUACGUCUAACACAUGCACAAUGGACUGACUAUAUCAAAUCAAAACGACUACAGCAUUACUAUCUGAAUGAAUACAAUAUUCAACAAAUAACAUAUUUGUGCCAUCAAUUGGCAACAGCUGAAAAUAUUUCCUUCCUCCCAGACCAGGUUUUAACCCUACUUUCAAAUGACUGUAAGAGUCUCGCACCAGGCAUAAUUAAAGAGGCCCGUGAUCAAGCAAUUGAAAUUAAUGAUGAAGAUCUCGAAAAAGGGGAAAGCGAUGAUGAUGAUGAAAGACAAAGUAAUACAGAAGCCACUAUGACUGAAAUGGAUAAAAAGAAACGAAUGCUUCGCAUCCUUGUAAACAGAGAGCGAUUGUCUGAAGACUUGGCAAAAGCUGCCAUUCAGGCUGUAGGCUAUGAGAACAUUGAUGAAUGUAACAAUUGGGCUUUACUUCAUCAAUAUAAUGAAGAAAAAGUACAGAGUAAUUUGAUGGAAUUCAAUAUAGACAGAGCAUUCGAGCAUCAGUCAAAUGAAGAUGAGGAACUGAUAUCAAUUUUCAACAAUAAGUCUAUGCAUUCUUUGACCGAGAUGAUAAAUCAGAUCAUUAAAACGAUAAAUAUCGAUGAAUCAGAACGUAAAAUUGUUAACGCAGUCAAAACAAUAUGUAGGAGAUACUAUGAAAAAACUAAGGUUCUCACCAUGCAAGAUUAUCUCAGUGUGGAGCACUUGGGCAAAUUUUUAACUUACCUACAUGAAAAUCAUGAAAUCAAAGAAAAAGUCACAAGAAGCAUGGAGCCACCAUUUGUAAAGGGUAGACCCAACCUUAUUGUUCACCAAGAAGUUGAAGCAAUACCAAUUCUGUUGUCAAUCUUCAUGAAAAAUUCUAAUCAACCACUACCAACAGCAUCUGAAGUGUUACUUUGCAGUGAAGAAACAACAUCUGAGGAGCUGGAAAGAUUCAUGAGAAGAGCAAUUUGCAAGUGCAAAAGUAAUGGUCAACCACUAUUUUGCCUGGCCUUCACUGAAAAGCUCAAACCGAAGGUAUCAAAGUCAGUCGAAGAUAUAUUUGAAGAACUACUGCAACAGCAAAGGCAUUUAAAUGCAGAUUAUCAACUUGUGAUUUUAUCCGGUAGUCAGCAACAUUAUAUUAGUGAAUGCUUUGAUAAGCACCAAGUCGAACUGUUAGAGCGGAAAUCAUUUGAUGACAUUCUAAAUUACUUGGACAAACAUUUAAGCACAACAUGUGAUGAAGUCGGACCAUCGAUUGUUAAAAUAGUGGAAGCUAGCAGAUCGGGAGUUGGAAAAUCGCUCUAUGUCGAAAACUUGGACAAACAGUUGAACAAGCGAUGGUUUGAGAAACACGAUCAAAUUCCUCACAUGCGUGCUUUUCUGGAUGUCCUAAAUCGUGAUGCAAACCAUAUCACACCAAUGAGAACACUUCCAACACCCAUGAAUAAUGGGAAAGUCAACCUCAUAUUUACUCCUGAGCCAGACAUUCUACCAGCACUCAUAUCACUAUACAUGACAAACCCCGAACAACCGUUACCAAUUGCACCGGAAGUCUUACUUUGUUGCCAGCAAACUAGUGAGGAAGAAGUUGAAAGAUUCAUGCGAAGAGCAAUGUGCAAAUCUCAAAGACAAGAUAAACGUCUUUUCACAAUUGCUUAUGGAGAGAGAAUUCGACCUGAGGUUGCAAACAAACUCAGAAAAUUAUCAGAGUCAUUAUCAACAACUGUACAUGCAAACAAAGAAUUCCAACUGAUAGUUCUAACCAGUGACAUGACGUUUUUCGACUGGUGCAGAGACCAUCAUGUGUUUCGAGUGGCAAAAGAUUCAACUCAAUGGAAUUCUGACAAAAUAUUGCUCUAUCUGGGAAAUGAAAGCAUUGGAGAGUAUGAAAGCAUUCGUUUCACCGCUGUGGCCAAAAACGAGCCUCUGCCAAGAAAUGAUAAUCAUUUACAAAAUGGAGACCCACCGGAUUUGUGGCAUAAGACAACUAUACGUCUGCUUGAGAAAACUAUCAACACAAACCAUAUUCUUGAUCGCCUCUAUCGAACGGCGGAAAUUCAUAAUGAUAAUAAUCACUUCAUUCACAUAGACUUAACACCAGCGGUAAAACUUUACUUCAUGUUUCACAGCUGUUCACAUCAUAAAAAAGUUCUAAUGAAUUAA